CGAUCCAUUUCUCUCCAAAGCUCGAAGAAUUCCAUCUUCUCCCAUUCGUCGGCUCAUCCAAGCUCCGCUUUCCUCAUUUUAGCUCUUCGCACUGAGAAGAUUGCUACUGUAAUCACUCAAAUUUCAAUCUCCUCGAAAAAGUCAUGGCGGAAACCAAAGAGACAAGCGAGAAAGACGAAAAACCGAAGCCCAGAGUUAGGCCAAUCGUUCGCCUCGGGAUCUUCCUCAUCUCUCACAGCGUCCUCGUGAGUGUCGUUUGCUGCACUGCUGGGGUUUUGGCUCUGUUUCUGUUACCUGUUCUUGCCAAAAAUACUUACAUUUCCGAAAAUGCUCUCAUGCCAGGUUCUGCGAGUCCAAUGCUUUCCUAUCAGCAUGUUUCUGAUGGAAAUAGAUUGGUGAAGGAUCUAACUAAUUUAGACUUGAAAUCUUCUGAAACAGGAAUAGAAAGUCAAAGAGUCAUAGCACAGUACAUGUUAGAAUUGGGCGCUGAAGUUAGUUUUCAUAAAUUCCAUGCUCAGUUGAAUCAGUUUCAUCCACUGCACUUUUUCUCUAGUCCUGAUUCUGGAGUAAUACAAGAGAACUUCAGUUGUUCGUCCUAUGGUAUCAACACUGUUGGGAUCAUAAGAGCUCCUCGUGGUGAUGGGAAGGAGGCUAUUGUCUUGGUAACACCAUACAAUGCCCUAAAGAGUGGUCUUGGUGAGGCUGUAUCUGUAGGAAUUGCAUAUUCAGUAUUUUCCUUGCUCACCCAAGUUACCUGGCUAGCCAAGGAUGUCAUAUGGCUUGUUGCUGAUUCACGAUAUGGAGAAUAUGCAGCAGUUGCUGCUUGGUUAAGAGAUUAUCAGAUUCCUAAAUUUAGCAGUCUGAGUACACUAAAUUCUGAGAUGUGUCCAGAUAUUAAUAAUCUUUAUGACUUGAAAGUCAACUCGAUUGCUGGAAGUAAGUACUCCAAUAGUUUUAGACGUGCUGGGACUAUGGCUGCUGCACUAGUCCUGAAGGUCGGUGAUCAAAGUGAACAAUAUGAAGACACUAUCAGCAUUUAUGCUGAGGCAUCUAAUGGACAGAUGCCAAACUUGGAUCUCAUUAAUGUUGUAAAUUAUUUGGCAGUGCAUAGACAAGGUUUGCGUGUACAGGUGGAGAAAUUAUGGUCCCUUCUUAACUCCAGUUGGCUCAAAAGUUUGGGUGAAAUCUUUGAAUCUCUUGGAAAAGUGGCUAAAAGCUUAAACCCGGAAUGGAAAUUUGGCAUCCCGGCAACAGAGUAUGUUGAAGGCACUGCUACACUUGCAAGUUCAUUGUAUUAUCAGGCACUAGGUGUACCAACAGGCCCUCAUGGUGCUUUUCGUGACUACCAAGUUGAUGCAAUCACAUUGGAGAUUUCACCCAAAUAUUCACUGGAUAAAUUCAGACGCAAUGACAUUCUUCUUAGAGGUGGCAGGUUGAUUGAAGGAGUUAUACGAUCAGUAAAUAACCUCCUUGAGAAGUUUCACCAAUCAUUUUUCUUAUACCUCUUAACAUCUCCUAGUAAGUUUGUGUCAGUAGGGGUCUACAUGAUUGCACUUGCACUUCUCAUUGCGCCACUUCCAAUGGUUGCAGCUUCCCUUUACGUUGAUGCAAAUAGUUUGGAUUCCAAAACUAAUAAGUCCACUCCAUCUACAAUUGCUGACACUGCUGAGCGUGGUAUCACCAUCAGAUCAUGGAGGUGGCUUUAUUCGGCAAAAUUAGUUUUUGCUGUUCACGUAUGGGGUGCUAUUGUUUCAUUACUUCCGUAUUUCAUCUGCCAAAUACCUGAUUGCAGCUCAACAAUCAGCUUCAUGAUCUGGGUUGUGCUUUCAAUGAUCAGUCUUCUAACCCUGUACUCAGUCCUAGCUUCUCCUUUUUCUUGCAAUAAUGCAUCUCAAGAAAAAGAAUGGGCUCUUGUGAAAUCAGUGACUAUCUCAUAUGUGUUCAUUGGUUUGGGGCUCAUGUCAGUCAUUAAUUUUGCUACUGCAGAAAUUGGUGCUUUAUUGAUGGUCCCAAUGUGUUUGCUGGCUCGACCUUUGAAGUUUGAUCUUAGAGCUGGUAGUUUGAGAAGUUUUUCUAGAAUGGUUUGUAAUCUGGUUUUAGGGCUUAUUGCUUUUCCUCCAGCUGCUUUUUUUCUGUUGAAAGGGAUGCUUGAAGAUUUUGGCAGUGUCAAUAUUGGUGACUUCUGGAUGUGGGUUGAGUCUCUUUGGGCAUGGAACAGUGCUACAUAUAUCUUCAUUGGUAUGGUAUACUUGCCCUGUUGGGUAUUAUGCGUUCACAUUUUGCUUCAUACUUGUUGACACGGCUUAAUUCUGUUUGGACCUGCAAAUUGAAGAUCAAGGGCAUUUUAGUUCAAUGUUUGUCUUCUUACCUAAUUGCAAACUUUUAAUGAAAAUUGGACUUGAUCUGGAGAGCACAUGCAAUUGUUGUUUGUCAAUGCUCCGGAACUUGGAUGUUAUGGGGCUGAUUUUGGAAUCAGAUGGGUGGCUGGCACGCUUACAAUGAGGUUUGACAUACUUGUUAUUGGUCUUUAUGAUUAUCUUCAUCCGGAAUCAACUCAAAAUUUCUCCUCACAGCUAGAGCCUGGGCAUGCAAACGCAAAUAAGUUUAACUGGCUCACUAACGCCGAGGUACAUGUUGGUCUGAAAGGAGGAAGCAUCCAUACAUGUAGAUUGCCUUCUUUAGGUGCAUACUCUUCCACACACAAGUAAAUGCUUGCAUGCAAGUGUAUGGUUGCACACUUCUUGAAAUUUCUAUGAAAAAGAUAGGUCAUGAAAGAGAAAAUCUGCCAGGAUUUUAUUGUAUAAUAUUGGUCAAGUUGACAUAGUUUCUUUGGAUCCAAGGGAAUCCUCUGUUGUUUUGCCUAAUUCCCCAAUGGUGUAUUAUUUAAAAUAGGGGAUUGCUUUGCACUGCUCUUGAAAGUAAAUUUAAGUAGAUGAAAGAAAAUGAUAAGGACUAGAUGCCUUGCUGACCAUUAGUUCCCAA